AUGUCCAACUUGGAGCAUCUGACUAUUGACUCUAAAGGAUUAGAGUGGUUAAUGAGCUACACACGCAAGUACCGCGUUACCUCUUUGAAACAACUUUACUUGCACACAUGGCAGAGCCAUCAUGACCAGACUCUAUACUGUUUCCUCCACACCAUUCCUAAUCUACAAAUCUUUGAAUUGAUUUUUAAUUCUAACAUUAGAGAGUUCGUGCCAAGUGGAAACACCGCAGCGAAGCAAAGAUUGGGAACCGUAUUACUUCUUAAGGAAUUAACUUUGUGGGCACGAGAGAUGGAGGAUAUUGGAUUUGAAAGAGAUCCUGCUCUUCAGAGAUCACUGCACCGCCUGAAAUUGCAAUUCUGCCACAGAUUGAGGAGAUUGGCACAUUCCUCGAUGUCCUUCACUCACUUGACAUACUUGCAAGUAUCUGAUUGUAAAGCAUUGAAAACUCUAAUGACAUGCUCAACAGCAAAGAGCUUGGUUCAACUCACCACCUUGAAGGUAGAAGAUUGUGAUCAAUUAAAUGAAAUAGUUACCAAGGAUGAGCAGGAAAAUGACGAGGGGAUUAAAAUUGUCUUUGCCAAGUUGAUAAAUAUAGAACUUAAAGACCUAACCAACCUCACAAGUUUCUGUAGCAACUGGAAUUGUGAGUUUUCGGUGCCAUUGUUGGAAAAAUUAAUUCUGAGAGAAUGUCCCAAGAUGAAAACGUUUACCACAAAGCACAUAACAGCGCCCAAGCUACAAAGCGUACUUGUCAGUGAAAGAUAUGGUGAGGAAGAGAAAGGGUAUUGGAAAGGAGACCUGAAUGCCACCAUUCAAAUGUAUAAGGUUCAUUUGGAGCUUUCAUACCAUCCAGACUUAAAACAAGUAUGGUGUGACAAAACCUCGGUGCAAGUGAACAGGUUUCAGAAUAUAAAAUCUUUGAUUGUGAAGAGAUGUGGUUAUCUUGUGCAUGUAAUUCCAUCUCAUUUGCUUCAUUGCUUUAAGAAUUUGGAAGAUUUGCAAGUAUCCGAUUGCCAUGGAGUGCAAGUCAUCUUUAAUAUGGAUGACAUUAGCAAUAAGCAGGUCACAAAAGCAAUGCGGAUGUCUCGUUUAAAAAAAUUAUCUUUAAAGAAUCUACCAAAUUUGGAACAUGUAUGGGACAAAGAUUCAAGAGAAAUUAUUCACUUUUCUGCUCUACAAGAUUUGAGCAUUGACAAAUGUGAUAGUUUGAAAUAUGUGUUUCCAACAUCCAUUGCUAAAGACCUUGCCAUGCUGAAUAAUCUUUCAAUAAAAGACUGUGAGCAAAUGGUAAAAAUCUUUGUAGAAUUAGGAGACACCAAAACAUUUGAGCUUCCUUCUUUGACUUCACUGGGUCUUAGAGAGCUGCCAAUGCUCAAACACUUUUAUCCGGGACUGCACAAGCUUCAAUUUCCGAAGCUAAAAGAACUAUAUAUACAAGUCUGUAAAUGGAUGAUACUCAAUUGUCAAGAGGCAGAGACUUUUGUAGAUCAACAAGUUCUACUUCCAAUCGAAAAGGUUAAUCUCCUAGUUCAGAGUUUGGAGAAAUUAUCAUUUGAUAUGAGAGGCGCCAAGUUGACUUGGGAAGUAAAGUCUCGAAAACUUGAAUUUGAAGAGUCAGAGGAAAGGGUUGAAGAGGUGGUAUUUGAGAAAAAAUCUAAGGCUGAUUAUGCUCAACUCCUAUUGCAUCUCGCUCUCAAAGGGUUAAGCAUAUCUUCUCUUUAUAAACUCAAAUCCAUUGGUUUCGAUCACUCUUGGAUACAUCCCAUCCUUGAUAAUAUCCAAAUAUUGGAAGUGGAGUAUUGCUAUGAUAUAAAGAAUUUAGUAGCAAGCAAGGUGUCUUUCUCUAGUCUGACAAAAUUGGAUAUAUAUCGUUGCGAUGAUUUGUUGUAUUUGUUCACAUCUUCAGCAGCAGAAAGUUUGAGUCAACUCAAGCAUAUGCAGAUAAGCGAUUGUGAAUCAAUGCAAGAGAUAGUAUCCAAUGACGAGAGCAGUGGGAACAUAAUAUUUGAACGGCUCCAGAUUCUGCAUCUUGAAGAGUUGCCAAUGCUGAGAUGGUUUUACUCAGGCAAACGUACUUUGUGUUUUCCAUCAUUGCAACACUUAUCCAUCUUUGGCCGCAUACUCUGGAGGAUGACAACAUUCUGUCCCCACAUCCAUAUAAAUCCAGAUUCAGUCAAGUUGCACUUAGGACGAAGCAAAUAUGAAUCAUAUGGAGUCCAAUGGGAAGAUGAUGUUGAUACCACCAUUCGCAAAAUGAAUAACAAAAAAAUUAUUGGUCUCAGAGAAAACCUCUAUGUUCAAGACAUGUGGCGUGGUUCAAUGCCAGUUUCUGAAGCAUACUUUGGUAAUUUGGAGUCCUUGAUUGUACAUCAAUGUGAAUUUUUAUCCGAAGUAAUACCUCUUCAUUUACUUCCUUUUUUAAAUAACAUGCGAAUAUUGGAAGUUCAAAAAUGUAGUUCUGUGAAAACUAUAUUUGAUGUGAAAUGCAUAACAAAAGACAAGACACUCCUACCAAUUAAAUUUUCACUGGAGUCGUUGGUAUUAGAAAAGCUGCCGAAUUUGGAUAGCAUUUGGAAUGAAGAUCCUGAUGGGGUACUCGACUUUCAACUUAUACAACAAGUGCGUGUUGAUACAUGUAAAAGCCUUACAAGCUUGUUCCCAAAAUCAGUAGCCAAGGAUCUUGUCAAUCUUAAAAAUCUAGAGUUGAAACAUUGUAAAAGUUUGGUGGAAAUCAUUGUAGGGAUUGCAACAACACCAGAAAGAGCAAUUUCAAACCUUAUUAAGUUCCCACGUUUGACUUCAUUGACACUAUUGGAUUUACCAAGCUUCAAUUGUUUUUACUGUUCAUUGCAUUGUGUCUUGUUGAAGACACUGAAUGGUCAUGAUCCACAAAUUGAGGACCAAGUCUGUUUCAAAGAGAUUACUCCUAAAUUGACCAACAUGUUGUUUGGUGAAAGAGAAGCGAAGAUGAUUGGACAUGAAGAAUGUGACAGAAGCCACUUUGGCGACAUAAAUGUUUCUGAUAUGCAGAGUUUUAAUGUUGAACUUGAGUCUGAUGAACUUUCAUAUACAUUUCUCCAAAAGGUGUCCUGUAUAAAAACUCUGCAAGUGAAAAAUAGUUCUAUCAAAGAGAUAUUCUGCUCUGAAAGGCCUAGUUUGGAUUGCGCCCCAUUUCUACCACAUCUUAAAGAAUUGAAGUUGGCUUCUCUUUCCGAACUAAUUUUCAUAGGAUUUGAACGCUCUUGGAUACGAGAAUCAUCAAUUCUCAAAACUCUGGUAACUUUAGAAGUAAAAAGCUGCUCUGGUUUAACAAGUUUAGUUUCUUCUCCUGUAUGUUUCUCCAAUCUGACGCAUUUGACUGUAUCUGAAUGCGAUAGCAUGAUAUAUUUGUUCACAUCUUCAACAGCUAAAAGUUUGUCUCAACUCAAAGUGAUGAAAAUAUCUAAUUGUAAAUCCAUGCAAUGGAUUAUGUUUAAUGAAGGAGAAGAAUUAAUUCAUGAGGAGAUAGUAUUUGAGCAGCUGCAUGAAUUACAAUUUAAGAGUUUAAAAAGCCUUAGAAGAUUUUACAAUGGGGAUUUUGCCUUAAUCUUUCCAUCAUUAGAGGAAUUGAAAGUGAUUAAGUGCAACAGGAUGGAAUCUUUCUGUGAAGGUACCAUCAAUACUAACAAGUUGUCAGAAGUAGUCUUUGAUGAUUCAUUUAAAGGUGUUAGAAUCCCAUUCGAAGUUGAUCUCAAUUCUACUUUACGAAAUACUUACAAGACAGAGGUUGCAAAAUUUGUGAGGGAAGUAAAGGACUUGAAGCUCAACGAACACCCAAUAAUACAUGGAAUAUGGAAUGGUCCAUUUCAAGUUCCAUCCUUGUGCUUCAUCAGAUUGAAGAUCUUGAUUGUGGAAAAAUGUGAAUUCACGUGUAUUGUAAUACCCUCUCACAUACUCAGUUUACUAUGUAAAUUGGAAGAGUUGGUAGUGCGACAAUGUGAGUCCGUGAAAACAAUAUUUGAAGUGACACGUGAAGCAAAAGACACAAAGAUCAAUCCUUUAAGGUCUGGCUUAAAGAAACUGACUAUUGAGCAGCUCCCAAAUCUUGAACAUGUUUGGGAUUCAGAUCCUACUCAACAAGUUUGCUACUUUGAGAGCCUUCAAGAAGUGUACGUGCAUGGAUGCAACAAUCUUCAAAGGUUGUUUCCAAUAUCUGUAGCCGAAAAUCUGAAUAAACUUGAGAAACUGGAAGUAACAGAGUGUGACAGAUUGGUGGAAAUUGUUGCAAAGGAUGAAGCAGAUGUUGAAGGAGCUCCUAAAGAGUUUACAUUGCAAAGCAUGACCUCCAUAAAACUGUGGUCUUUGCCAGAAUUGAAAUGUUUCUACCCUGCACCCCACAAGUUAGAAUGCCCCAAGCUAGAGGAAGUGCACUUAUUCCACUGUGACAAGUUGAAGACAUUCCAAUUUGAGUCUCAGGAAUUUCAAUGUCCACAAGCAGAGAAUCAAGCCAUUUUCUUGCCAGAAAAGGUAAUCCCGUACUUGAAGUUUCUAGCAGUCAGCAAGGAGGAGAUCAUGAUGAUGUUGCAUGUGAACAACCUUUCAAAAUUAGAAGCUCUUCAAUUGCAAUGUUUUCAUGAUGAUUCAGAUACUUUACCAUAUGAAUUUCUUCAACGGCUGCCCAACAUAGAAAAGCUCGUUGUAUGUUGUAGCUCUUUCAAAGAGAUAUUCUGCACUAAAAGACCUACCAUGGAUUGUGUCAAAGAAAGUAUUCCACAAGUGAAGUGUUUGCAGUUGAGUUCCUUGACUCAGCUGAAUUCCAUUGGGUUAGAGCAUUCUUGGGUGCAACACAUUUCUGAAAAUAUUGAAAAAUUGCAAAUGGAUAAGUGUCAUAGUUUGAGGAGUAUAGCACCAAGCGAGGUAUCGUUCUCGAACCUAAUAGAGUUGAACAUAUCAGAAUGUAAUGGGCUUGUGAAUUUGUUCACACCUUCAACAAGCAGAACUCUGCAACAGCUGAAGAACAUGUCCAUAGAAAACUGUGAAUCACUGAAAGAGAUUGUGUCUGAAGAAGAAGUAGAAGAGUCGUCAAAGCUUAAUGAAGAGGAGAUAAUAUUCAAGAAACUUACGACUUUGUCUCUACGCUCUCUACCAAAGCUUGAAAGGUUUUACAGUGGCAACAUUGGGUUAAAAUUUCCAUUCUUGCUUCAUUUGUUCCUAAUCAACUGUAGCAAGAUGGAGACUUUCUGUGCGGGUACAGUGACUGUGAACAGGUGGACCGAAAUUCAAUUCAAGGAGGAUUAUAAAAAUCCAUAUGGGCGGCUAAUGAAACAAGCAUUUCUAUUGGAAGACGAUCUCAAUUGUGUUGUAGAGAAGGCAUUUGAAGGAGUAUGUAUUUAA